UCACUAAGCGGCUCCGCAGCUGCCUGUCUCUAGUGGUUAUAAGGUAUCUUUCUCUCCCUCUCUCUCUCCCAGUCUGUAUCAAUCUGUCUCUGGUGCGUGAGCGCGCGCUGCAAUUGUGAUCUGCGCGCGGAUGAUGAUGAUGAGAGCGUGACCUCACCGCUUUCUGCACAGCUGCUGGAGAGAGGGGGAGACUCAGAGAGGGAGAAAGCGCGACACAGAAACACGUUGGGGGAGACGCGGAGAGCUACAGACCAGCGGAGAACAUUCACAACACAGGCGCAACUGUUCGGUGAACGGGGCUCCGUCACGGGGCGACCGUUGGCUGCUUCCCGCCGGUCCGCCUCCCAGAAUGUUCUGUGCUCCCGGUUCAUUUGUACGGUACACGAACCAGUCGCCGCGGCGUUCCCACGGACACUGAAGCCCAGAUGCUCACCCUCUCCGCCGACAUGGACGAGUCUUCGUCGCUUCUGGAUCUGCUGGAGUGCUCGGUGUGCCUGGAGCGCCUGGACACCACGGCCAAGGUACUGCCGUGCCAGCACACCUUCUGCCGCCGCUGCCUGGAGAACAUUGUCAGCUCCCGGAACGAGCUCCGCUGCCCGGAGUGUCGCAUCCUGGUGGACUGCGGGGUAGACGACCUGCCCGCUAACAUCCUCCUGGUUCGCCUCCUGGACGGUAUCAAGCAGCGGCCCCAGCGAGGGAGCGGAGGAGGAGUAGGCGCAGGCGGCAGGCAGUCCCUGGCUGGGGGCUCGCUGCAGGGAUACGCAGCCGGGAUAUCAGCUUCUCCCCCGGGCAGUGCGAUCAGAGAGCUGCCCGUAGCCACCAGGAGCUCCCCUGUUAAGAAUAUCCCAGCUCUGCCUUGUGGUAAGGCCCUCUACUCCUACGAGGGAAAAGAACCAGGCGAUCUCCAGUUUUCCAAGGGUGACAUCAUCAUCCUACGACGCAAGGUGGAUGACAACUGGUACCAUGGCGAGCUCAACGGUUGCCAUGGUUUCUUGCCUGCGAGUUACAUCCAGUUGUUGCGUCCCCUGAGUCAGACUCCGCCCCAGGGCAAAGCACUGUACGACUUUGAGGUCAAAGACAAAGAUCAGGAUAAAGACUGUCUGGCCUUCAGCAAGGAUGAGGUACUGACAGUAAUCAGGCGAGUGGACGAGAACUGGGCAGAGGGCAUGCUGGGAGACAAGAUUGGUAUCUUCCCUAUUCUUUAUGUGGAGUUAAAUGAAACAGCCAAGCAGCUAAUGGAGAUAGACAAACCUACGCCAACUAACGUUCCAGGUCCGAGUUCUGAGCCAGCCCCGUUGGGCCCCUGCUCUCCUGGCCCCUCCCCCAGCGCUUCCCCGUCAAAUGGUAACGGCUCUGGUCAUCGGAGAGGUGAAGGAAAGAAAAACGCCAAGAAGCGGCAUUCGUUUACGGCGCUGUCCGUCAGCCAGAGGGCCGCCCAGCUCAACAACAGACACAGCAUGGAGAUCUCACACCCAGUGCUCAUCAGUUCCUCUGACCCCAGGGCUGCUGCACGCAUCCAGGAUGCAUCUCCCCCAGGUCCCUCUCCCUCCUCGGCAGGGGUACUGGUGCCCCCCAAAGUGGCAUCCAUAACCUCUGAGCUGCUGGCCCAUGCCAAGGUGCAGCUGCCACUCAACAUAUAUCUGGCUCUAUACGCCUACAAGCCCCAGAAGGCUGACGAGCUUGAACUUAGGAAAGGGGAGAUGUAUCGGGUGACAGAGAAGUGUCAAGACGGAUGGUUCAAAGGCACCUCACUGAGAACCGCUGCCUCCGGUGUCUUCCCAGGAAACUACGUGACCCCUGUGUCCAGGGCUCCAUUUGGAGUGGGUGCUACUCGUGGCUCGUGUCUGUCAAGUCCAGUAGGUGGAAGUGGAGGAGGAGGAGGUGGGGGAAGUGGAUGCAGUCAGGUGGGGAGUAAAAUCUCUGACCCGUCGUCUCCAGCUUCCCCGGGGCCCUCUUCGUCCCGUCCCUCCACCCCACUGGUAAACUCAGCCAACUCCAUUCACGCCAUUAGUCCCGCCUCCUCGCCGCAAACUGCCGCCGCCCAGCUGAAGAACUGCCUGCGCUCCAGCCAACACACGGUUAACCAGGCACGCACCUCAAUGCAGCUGGUCCACAGUCCUCCUGCUGGAAGCCCGGAGCGCCCCACGGUGGCCAUCUCUCCCCUGCGUCCUCAGAGCUCCUCCCCCUCACGUUGCCACGGCCAGUCAGGUCGUCCGCUCUCCAUGGUGUCUCCGGGACCCAGCUUAGGGCCCUCACCCCUCUCUUCUCCCGCCUCACGGCCCCUUCUGCCGCUCUCAUCCCCUCUCUCGUGUCUCACACCUCCUAACGUGUCAGCGGUGCUCCUCAACGGCGAGCCGGCCAGUCCACUGCAGCCACCAUCACCAGGCCCCUCCCAUGCCCCCACCCAGGGAGCCCUCGCACCCAAACCAGAGAAGAAGGAAAGGAAAGCGGGAGGUUUAUUAAAGCUCCUAUCAGGGGCAGCGGCUAAGAAGAAACCUCGCUCACCUCCAUCCUCCCCGCCCACCCACAACCCCUCAUUGGCUGACCCCAUCCACCAUUCUCACCACCAUCACCACCACGCCCGCUCAGGUUCCUGCCCAAUGGCGUCGCAGGGGCGAGCCGGCUCCUGUCCAAUUGAGAGCGAGAUGGCAGGGGCCAUUGGGUUGGAGCCGCUGCACAGGAAGUCCGGUUCCCUGGAUACCAACUUCCCCAUGUCACCCCCAGCAACACGCGUUGGCAACCCUUUGAUGGUUCUCCGGCCUGAACCCAAACCCCUGUCCAGAGAGAGGUAUCGUGUGGUGGUGCCCUACCCCCCGCAGAGCGAGGCGGAGAUCGAGCUGCGGGAAGGAGACGUGGUGUUUGUCCAUAAGAAGCGGGAAGACGGCUGGUAUAAAGGCACCCUGCAGAGGACGGGACAGACCGGCCUGUUUCCCAGCAGCUUCGUCGAGAGCUUUUGAACUGGAAAAAGUAGACAAAAGAGCACACAAUGUUCCUGUUUCUGAGUCAGAAAACUCACAAACAUGCUACCAGUUCACACAACAGCAGUCACACACAAAGGUUGGGCUGAUAUUGGUUUUCCAGAAUGACACUUUUGGAUUAAAUAUGGAUACCGACCUGCAAAAACACCUGUGUAAAUUUGAUUUAAAAAGCUGCUAGCCCUAAAAAAAAAAAAAGAAAGAAAGAAAAAAAAAAAGUCUGGAAUUCAAUGGAGAAUUUUACUUUCAAACUUUACCAGAAUAAUCUGUCAAUAAAUGCUGAACUAAAGAAUAUUUAAUACUGUCACAAAACAUCAUUCAUUUUAAUAGUCUCAGAAACCCAUAUCGGUCCAACUUAUUCCCACAUACAAACACACACACACACACACACACAUAUACAGGAAAGCUAGCCCCAGCUUCGACCAGCCCAGCCAAAUAGGAAGCAGGUCAGCUUUUCCCCGUCACUCGCCUGACGACAGCGUUGGGUCAGAGUUGCCUCGUCCGACUAAGUGUUCGGACUUGUGACGUUGACUACUGAAGGCACACAGACUCAAAGAGCACAGAAAGACAAACCUCUGCCUCCCAGUUCUCCUCCUUGGCAUCAUCCACCAGCAAACACUAGCACAAAAAGCAUUAGCUCUGCUUUUCCACUGAGACCUCAGAACUUGAGUUUGGGUGCUUUCUUUGUUUGAGAAGUGAAGAUUUACCACCAGGUGAUGAGGGAAGUGUGUGAGCCUACACACCAGGAUCAUUGUAAGCACAUAUCUGUGUCUAGUUUGUGACAACAAGCAGAGGUGUUUCUUUUCAGCCCAAUAUAUGUUAAUAACAAUGCAUGUAGCAUUAUUAUGUUUUUUAUAUGUUGAAAUAGAUGUUUGUGUUGUCCCAAACUAGCCAUGCUGUGAUGAUCUGUCACAGGAUUUUUAAUUUAAAAAACAAUAAUUGGUACAAAAAGUAAAAUAUGAAUUAGGUGAUUCAUUUUUUUUCUAUUUAUAUAUCACAUAUGAAUUUAUACAACCAUUUUUUUUUUACAUUUCAUAGACCUCGCAGCUGCAUUGAACCGAAUGAACUGAUUUGCUGAAUGUAGAGAGAAACAGGAAGUUACGCGAAAAUUCUCUAAAGAACUGAUUUGUAUUUAUAGAGUUGUGUUUGAUCUUCUGUGUGGGAUUAGAGACAGAGAGAUGCACUUGAUGAUAUCUGAUACAACUUGCCAAUAUAGCUACAUAUACAGUAUUUUACACACUUUCAUUAUUUAUUUGACAAAAGGGACUUCCAUGGCUACUUCACAACAUUGUAUUUUAAGAGCAAGCAUAAGUUUUCUUUAAGCAGGUACAACUCUUUUUUAGUAGGAUAAAAAUCAUAACAAAACUUUUUUACAGCCAUUUCAGUUUGAAAUGUGUGAGUUGAUGAUAUAGUUGGUGCCAGUAAACAGCAACAGGAAUUCCUCUUCCCUCAGCCCUUUCUUCACAUACAGAUUUUUUUUUUUGUCAGACUGCAGCAAUAUUGUGGAACAAAUCAUGUGCUGAUUUGAUGCUUGUGGAGGAAUGUUCGGUUGAGGGGGAAACACCUGUGAGUCAGAGGACAGGGACACAAAUUUGUCAUCACGCAACUGCCAAACAACUUUUCCUCUGAUCUUGUCAACCUUUAACAAGUAUUUUUGUACCGUUUCAGUCAGUGUACAGUCAGUCUGCUUUGUGAAUUUAUACGUCCUGAGUGUGGAUUAAGGCUUGUCUAGUUUACAUCCAGCCACAACUAUCUACCUUGUUCCCCUGUUUCUGAAGAUAGAAGCACAGUGAAACUCAGAGCUUGACUUGCUCACUGUGUGUGUGUGUGUGUGUGUGUGUGUGUGUGUGUGUGUGUGUGUGUGUGUGUGUGUGUGUGUGUGUGUGUGUGUGUGUGUGUGUGUGUGUGUCUGUGUGUGUGUGUGUGUGUGUGUGUGUGUGAGUGAGUGAGUGAGUGAGUGAGUGAGUGAGUGUAAGAGGUCAGCAGGAUUUUAAUACCGGCCAUGUAUUAGUAAAUGGAGUGGCUCUCCGCACCUUCUGUUUUUUAAAGACACUUGGCCAGAAUUUAGCACAAACUGCUACAGGUCAUGUGCACACAGGUGAGGCUCAAUCACUGGCUGAGCACACAUUUGUCUAAUUGGGUCUAACUGGACCAUAACCAGGUGAGAGUCUGUCAGUGGAUAAGCACACCUUGGUUAACUGGAUUCAAGACAAUAAAUACAAACUUCCAGACAGACGAGCGACGGUACAGAUGACGAAUCAAAAUCAAAAGCCUUAUCAACCUUUUUCACGCCAUUAGAUCUAAUGUUUUGAUCCAUAUCAUUAUUUUCAGCACAAUACUGACCUGUCAUGGUAUUGCCAUUGAGGAGACAAAAGAACAGGCAAUUUGUACUUGUUUGUUUUUCCCAUUAUUAGAUUGUUGGGGGGAAAAAAUUCAAACGUAAUCCCUUAAACUGUGAAGGAAAAUGAACAAAAACAUGGAAGGGAGAUACAUUUCACAAAGUGAAAACACACACAGUAAUUACAGAAAGAAACAUGGUCUGCAAUCGUUUUCUGGAGGCUGGCAGUGCUCUAUGGGUAAUUCUGUGCAUGUGGAGCAACAGAUGAAACCAAAAACACUCUGCAAUUUAGAUUUUUUUUUUCUCCAGCAGGUCACAGCUCACACAAACUAGGGCUAGACUGACACAUGAAGUUUUUCACUUACAAUUUUGGCUAUAAAGCAGUUGGUCUGAUUUUUUUCACUAUUUAAUUUCCGCUAUUUUAACCCCAUUUUAUGUAAGUGAAAUGAGUAAAAGACUAUGAUAAAUGUUACAGCUUUCAGUGGGGUGUUUUAGUUCAACCAGGUAAAAGUGCCAUUCUAUUUGCCAUGAAAAUGUCAGAAGAUAUUAGUUACUGGAAACUUCAAUCCAAACAUAUCUGCAUUGGCUUUCAAAACCUGUCAGUCAAACCCUAGUGCCUACAAACGCCAACACACACACUCACACACACACACACACAUAUAUAUACACACACAAAUACACUGUAUCUGGCAGAACAGUCUGUCUUUCCUCUCAAUCUCUUCUUUCUCACUCCCUUCAUUUGCUAUGUCGGUACGAUGAGCCUGCUGGUUGUUUUUCUUGCAGAUCUGUUCUGCUUGACUCCAUUACAAAAAAAACCAGCAGAUCCCAGAGCAGCUCUGCACAAAACCCUGAGCGAGCGUCUCUUUAUCUGUUUGUACACCCGCUGAACAGAGGACUCUAAUUUCUACUGAGUCAAACUUAAGCACAAGUCCUCGUUUGUGUCGGAGAUGAACGUGUCUCGACAGUCUUUUCUUUUCCAUGAGGCUGAUGCUGUGAGGAGGAGGAGGAGAAGAGUUUACACGAGUCAAAACAUCAGGAAUACAACCACUGCACAGUGGUCACUUUACAUGAAAUAACUUGAACCGCUGGUUUCACAAAUGUUUUCAUGUGUUUUAUUUACGUGAUGUGAGCUUGUCUUUCGCCUCAGCUUCCUGGUUGUAAAUACCACUUGAGUACAGCUUGAAAAAUGUGAACAAGCCAUUAACAGAGGUGGUUAUUGCCACUGGACAUGAACACAAACCAUCGCACAUCCAAAUUUUUUUCAUUGGACUUCAUAUCAAAUUACUGUCCACUCCCUUUUUGGAACAUCCUUCCAGGAAGUCUGAGCACUCACCCUGCCAUCUUGAAUUAGAUGUCAGCCAUAUUUGUUCCUAUGGAUACUUGUGUGUCUGUGUGCGUGCGCAUGUGUGUGUGUGUGUGUGUGUGUGCGCGCAAGGGGAAGGGAGGCCUCUGUAUGUAGCUCUUUACAGGAAAAAGGAACUUUAUGAAAAAGUUUGGCGUGAUGUGGACGCUCAUGCCUCAUCAGGACUCAGUCGGGUUGUUUGAGUCGAGCGGUACAGCGAGAGAAACCGAAAAAAAAGAAAGUAUAUAUAUAAUUCUAUAUUGUGCAGAAUAUUUAUAGGCCUUUUGUGCCAUUGAAGUCAUGCUCUGCGCUGACCAAGCCCAGCGCUCUCUACCAUGUGAUCAUUAUACAUCGUCUUGUACUGAUGACCCGUGGUUGAUUUGAUUGUUUUUUCAUGUCAAGUGCAUUUUUCGCAAUAAAUGCCUUUGUUUUAAAACAGA